UUUUUCUUGAUGACAGCACAGCCAGCUGCCCUCAUUUUAAAAUGACACUAAAAUCUGUGGCCUUGGAGAUAUAUCUUCUUAUCAAGGAAAGAGAUGGAAAUAGAACUCUGGAAAUAUUUGAUGAACGUAUAUUUCCACUUAACCGAGGAGAGGUUCUGGAAGAACACUUUAUGUAUGAUCCUGCACACAAAACGAUUUUUAGAUUCAUACGUACUCUGUGCAAUGCCAAAAAGCUAAAUGCUUACUUAGCAAUCAUAAGUUUGGUAUACGUAAAAAGACUUCUAGAGUGUACCGAUAUCAACAUUUGUCCAGCCAACUGGAAGCGGAUUGUCUUCGGAGCCACUCUUCUUGUCAGCAAGGUUGGGAACAAUGUGGCUCGGUGCAAUGACAACUUCUGCAAGCUCUUUGAGAAAAUUACACUUGACAACAUAAAUGAAUUGCAAAGAUACUUCUUGGAGCUUAUUAACUAUAAUUUCAACGUUUCUCUAAGCAUUUAUACCAGACACUACUUCUAUCUUCGUGACUUGGCAUUCAGGCAUGGCCUGAGUUUGCCAUCUUACCUUCUUGACAGAGAAAGAGCAUGGGAUCUGAAGGCUUUAUCAAAGAUAGAUCAAGAGGAAGAGUUCUAUACUGUUCGCAAGACUGGGGCUUUGAGUGCUGAUGACUUAAUUCGUCUUCAGCGCGCUAAGGCCGUCCUCUCCUGAACAGAAGAAAUGAGGGGUAAUGUAACAUCUGAACCCCUCACCAAAAAAGGCAGGAAAAUACCACCUCUCCUGCUAAAUAACUAGAAAAGUUUGUAUUUUAAAAAGAAGAAAUACGUCAAUUCAAGUUAACUCAAGGACAACUAGGAUUGCACUUUAUAGUAAAGGAUGGGACCUUGUCAGGGCAACAACACAGUCUUACACUCUUCUGUCCCUUUGAAUGUAAACAGAGUCAUAGAAACCACUCCAAAGUGAAGACUCCUCUGCCCACUCACAGAUACUUGUUAGUGUGUCGGCUGAUAGCCGUGAACUGUAUCAGCCUUUUUGUGUUUUGUUAGAUGAGUCUCUGUUGCCAGGC